GUGUCCUGGACUCAGCUAAGUGAUGAUCCGUAUAGAGACUCAAUUUUUAAUAGGUCUCAAUAGAAUCUUACUACUCGCUAUUGGCUUGUGGCCAUAUCAACAAUCCAGACUCACUCGAUUUCAAUUUAAUCUUUUCUUUACUAUUUUGAUGACGUGUAUUAUAUUUCAGUUGACAACAUUUAUAACAGCAUUAAAAUAUACUUCAGAUCUCGUCGUCGCAGUUCUCUCUCCUACAUCUUUUUUAACUGCUUUUAUAAUAAUAUAUCUCGCAUUUCGUGUUAAUAUUGAAACUGUAAAAGAAUUGUUGAUACAACUUCAGCACGUAUGUAACGAAUUAAAAGAUAAAAACGAAAUCGCUAUUAUAGAAAAAUAUGGCUACAUCUCGAAAUGUUAUACGGUUGCACUUAUAGUAGCUGGUAUCUGCGCAUUUCUUUAUUUUAUUCAAUUUUGGACUUUGUCUGAUGAUGUUCUAUCAACGAAUGUAACUCGAUCACAUUGCAUGCAAUUUGUAACGGAAUAUUUUGUUGAUCAGGAAAAAUAUUUCUUUUUAAUUCUACUACAUACAAACACAGCAGUAUGUAUAGGCUUAACUGCGAUGAUAGCAACAGGAACAAUGUUUAUUGCAUUUUUUAAAUUUUUCUGUGGAAUGUUUCAAAUAUCCAGUUAUCGUAUUGAACGCGCAGUGAAAAUCAUUCAGCAAAAUAUUACAUUAAAAAACAAAAUUUUAAAAUCUGAAGAUUUAAUUAGCGCUAUAGAUCUUCAUCGACAAGUCAUAAGAUUAUCCAAAUACUUUAUAUGCAAAUUUGAGAUAAUGUUCUUCUGUUUAGCACAGAUAUUUGUAAUUUCAUUAUGUUUCAACUUUGCCCAUAUCUUUCAGAUUGUGUUAUCCGAGCAAGCUACUAAAAAAGCUUUAUGGCCUAUGAUGUUUGCAGCUACUAAUAUUCUAUAUCUCUUUAUAUCGAAUUCUCUUGGACAAAAUAUGACGGAUUACAAUAAUUACGUUUUUGAUACUGUAUACAGAGUAGAAUGGUACGUAACUCCUUUACACAUCCAGAGAAUCAUACUCUUUUUAUUGUUAAAAGGCGCUAAAAUUUUUACUAUGAAUGUCGGUGGAUUGUUUACUGCAUCUUUAGAGUGCUUUGCCAUGUUGGUGAAAGCAUCGGUAUCUUACUUUACUGUUAUAUUAUCUACACAGUGACGAGACAAAUAUAAAUCAAGUUUAAGGAUUUGGGCUGGGCAUUGAUGAGUCAGUCGGAACAUUGAAUUAUAUAUAUAUUAGAUAUAGAUAUCAGUUCAAAUAUAUUCGAUAGACUUUUCCCGUAUAUGAUGUUAU